CUGUGGCGCCAUCCACGGAACUGAAAACGCCGAAAUUAUUGAUAAAAGGGAGCCAAUCGGAACGACGUUUUCCGGUAACCUCUCUCGAGUGACAUGGCGGUAACCGCAUAAGCGCACGUUCGCAGUUUACUUAGCCAAUCCCAAGUGCACUUGGUGCGCGGUGGGCGGGCUCACGUCUUAUCAUCCAGCGGAGCCAACCUUUACUUGCAAAGCGGAAAGAAAAUGGCGGCCGUGGCUGCAGAGCCAGGAGCUACUGCGGCGGCAUCAACAACAGUGGGGGACGGAUCGGAGCUAGAGUCGGAGCCAGCUGCGACGGAGGCCAAACCUCAGACCGAGGCUGCGAAUGAGCGCCCGUCGGUAAUGGACCUCGUGCAUCUGUCCGAGGAUGGGGAUGCAGCUUUGGAAUGCAGCUUGGUCCGCACGGAGAGACAGGACAGGCCGGACCAAAGAUCCGCGGGAAAAGCUUAUGCUGCGUUUGCCGAAGACGAGCAAAUUGAAGCCGGGUAUCCCGAUGGCAGCGAAAAGGAGGCUGAGAGCGCGCCGGAAGACCACGAGUGGAGAGACCCCGAGGGUGAGAGCGAGAGCUCGAGAGUGGAGUUUUCGCCCGUUCUUGUGCAGGCUGCAAACGAGGUCAGUCCGCACGAGUCCCACGCCUGCUUUCAGCCCGCUCCGAGUCCCGCCUCGGAACCAUCCGUGGUCUUACUGCACUCGCACCCUGCUCCCUUAACGCCGGAGUCCGGGCUUGCGGUGCCUUUACUCUCUUCGGUGGAAUCCGUGGAACCGGCGACCGAGUACGUCCAACGCCCAGAAUCGGAUGUAAGCGAACCGACCGAGAUCGUCUGCGAGGUGCGAGCUUUAAUCAAACCGUUGCUCACGACGGAACCAGAGCCAGACCCCGCAGAUGAUGCUCCUUGCGCACAGUUCGAGACCGAGUCGCCAGAGGAUGCUGAACGCGCAGACCGCGUAGUUUCUCCGCCCGUUUUAGAGAACGAGGAACUUCUCGGGGCCGCCGGUGACAAGAAUAACGUUAGAGACCUUACGAACAUGUUUCCUCUUAACUCUUCCGAUCCCCCCGCAACGGCGGCGGACCAGGUACCCACUGCAUUGGAGUCCGAGGAGUUGCACGCGCCGCAGGGGAUGCUCCACGCGGACUCCCAGGAAACUGAGUCCGAAGCGAAGCCAUGUGCCGACACUGCCGGGUUACAGCCGGACUCAAUCGCCCAUCUCAUCCCUGGGUCGGAGGUUCGGGUCUCGCUGGAUCACAUCAUAGAUGAUGCUCUGGUGGUGUCAUUCCAACUGGGCGAGAAGAUCUUUUCAGGAGUUCUGAUGGACCUCUCCAAAAGGUUUGGUCCCUACGGAAUCCCGGUCACCGUGUUCCCCAAGAGAGAGUACAGGGACAAGUCUGAAUCUAUGCAGCUAAAGACAGAACCAUUCCAGUUGGAGAUGGAGAAAAGGGGGGUCCAGGACUCCACGGACAGUGCCCCGAAAGAAGCCGCCCAAGCCCCCGCGGCGCCCGAGCCUAACCCUGCCCCCGCCCCCGCCCCCGCCCCCAGCCCAUGGACUUCAAAACCCCCUCCUUUGUUCCAGGAGGGGGCGCCCUACCCCCCGCCUUUGUUUAUCAGGGACACGUACAACCAGUCGAUACCUCAGCCGCCCCCCCGCAAGAUCAAGCGGCCGAAACGCCGGCUGUACCGGGAGGAGCCCACCUCCAUUAUGAGCGCCAUCCGGCUCCGCCCGCGCCAGGUGCUGUGCGACAAGUGCAAGGGCACCGUGGCGACGGGCGCCGCGUCAACGGGCGCCGUGGUGACGGCGGGGGACAGGCGGGAGGCCAGGAGGGGCCCGGGGGUGGGGGACUGCUCAAGCCGGGGCGAGGAGGCCAGGCGGCGGCGAAACGAGGCGGCGGCCGCGGCGGCCGGCGGGAAGAGGCCCCGCACUGAGGAUAGGGGCCGCGGAGCCGAGGGGCCCAAGCGGCAGGGGGCUGCCGUGCGGGUCUCCCCUUCCUCAUCCUCCUCGUCAUCGUCCUCCUCAUCCUCGACGGGUCAGGCGAAGGGCGGGGCGGCGGGGGGCAGGACGGGCAGGGGAGCGCCCAACGCCGCGCCCACGCCCGCCAACAACGGCUCGCGGGUGCAGCUGGGCGCCAAGAAGGUGCUGCAGAGCAAGAACGUGGAGCAGACGAAGGCCCGCGAGGUGCUGCGGAGGGCCCAGCGGAGGCAGCGCGACACGGUGGCCAGCGUCACCGACGGCAAGGCCCGCACCCGCGCCUCCGCCCUGCAGGACGCCCACCAGAAGGUCCACUUCACCCGGCGCCUGCACCGGAUCAGCGGGGGCGGCGUGGGGCGCCUGGGCGGGGGCGGCUCCGCCCUCCCGCCCCGGAUCCGCAUCAAGCCCCAAAGGUACCGUAACGGGGAACGCGAGCCCUUCCGGAAAGCGCGGGGGGGAGGGGACGCCUCCUCCUCCUGCUCCGCCGCUGCCCGGCUCUCGCCCCGCCCUGAACCGGAGCCCUGUGGGGAGCCGGGGGCGGAGCAGGGGGGGCGGGAGGGGAGGCGGGAGAGGCAAGGGGGCAAGGCCGGCCACCUGACGGUUUACGUGACCUUUGACCCCGGCCGGCCUGACUCCUCAAACGCCUCCGUGGGCAGCGUCGAUAGCACGGAUGACCUUAAGUCCUCCAACUCCGAGUGUAGCUCCACUGAGACCUUUGACCUCUCCCCUCCUGGGGCCCUGCGCUCGCACCCCGCCCCGAGCACUUCCUCCGGGGUUGCCACCACCUCCUCCUCUUCCUCCUCCUCCUCGUCCUCUUCCUUCUCCUCCUCUUCUGGCAAAAAGCGCGGUAGAAUGCCCAGGGCCGCCGUCUUUUCCAAAAACGUCUCUAAGUGCGUGGCCCUGGAUGGCAGGACUGUGUGCGUAGGGGAUAUCGUUUGGGCCAAAAUAUCGGGCUUCCCCUGGUGGCCGGCCCGGGUGCUGGCCAUCGCCGUGAGCCGCAGGGACAGCGGGCUGCUGGUGCAGCAGGAGGCCCGCGUCUCCUGGUUCGGCUCGCCCACCACCUCGCACCUGGGCCUGUCCCAGCUCGCGCCCUUUCUCGAAAGCUUCCAGUCGCGUUUCGACAAGAAGAGAAAGGGGCCGUACCGCAAGGCCAUCGCCGAGGCGGCACGGGCGGCCCAGCAGCUCACCCCUGAGGUGCGUGCCCUGCUCACGCAGUUCGAGACGUGAGGGCGCGUGUGCGGGUGUGCGCGUGCGUGUAUGCGUGUGUGUUUGCCACAGGGAGCGUAAGGUCAAGCGACGAUAACCUCUCUUCCUCUCCCUCCCUCCCUGCCCUUAGCCCAUCCAGUCGUUCGC